CUCUGGAACCCCCCACCAACCACCACCAACACCACGCCUCCACCAGCCGAGGCACAGGAGGACGCCGCCGAGACUGGAGACUCAUGAGAAGGAACGGGCGCGGGGGCUGAAGCCGGGCCGCCGCCUGAGUCAGAGGCUCUUUGGGGUCAAAGCUUAUAUUCGGUACCUCCUGUAAGAACCCCUCAUAUUGGAAGAACUCGUUAUUCGCUUUACUUACUUCCCUCUUUACAGCCCCCCUCGGAAGACCAUACAAAAUAAAGUUAUAAGCCAGCUUCUAGAUAUGGCUCGUGGACAGCAGAAGAUUCAGUCUCAGCAGAAAAAUGCCAAAAAGCAAGCUGGACAAAAGAAGAAACAAGGACAUGACCAGAAGGCUGCUGCCAAAGCUGCCUUAAUAUAUACCUGCACUGUCUGUAGGACACAAAUGCCAGACCCUAAGACCUUCAAGCAGCACUUUGAGAGCAAGCAUCCUAAGACUCCACUUCCUCCAGAAUUAGCUGAUGUUCAGGCAUAAAGUUGUUUACAGGUGAAUACGUGACACCUUUGAUUCUUCUACUGUCUCAGACCUUAGGUAACAAACCUGCAGCUGCUUUUCUAACAAACUGUUGAUCAGCAAAAAUAAAGGGGCUACAGAAACACUCAUUUUUAUGCUGUUCCCUUUUGGGCUUCAUGCAAAGACAAUUGUGUGUAAAUGUACAGUUGACUCUGAUUUGGAAAUCUGAAAAUCAGUCCAUCCUUGUUAUAAAAAAUUUUUUUACAAUUGUAAUUAUAUUGAUGUUCAUAUUGUGUAAAAUAACUCAUUUAAUAAAGUAGUACUUUGAUUUUACAACAUCACAGGAUAAAUGAUUUUAGAAAUUCUGUUCUUUCUACAUUAUUUGCCUUAUAAAAAUCUAAUUAAUUCAUCAGCUGAAAUUGCAAGCGCAGUUCUUAGGUCCUUUUCUCAGUUCAGGGGCAGGUUCAUAGUUAAACCAGAGCAGACUCAUUCACUAAUUUGUGCACAGGAUUUUAUUGGCAGUUGCUGACCUAGGUGAAGAAUGACUUACCUGCUGCCUUAGUAUAUUGCAAUCGUGUCAUUUUUCCCUCUUCCUGUGAUUGAGGUUGGACUAUUUCAGCUUGCUGUGUGACCUGGUUAUAUCUGCCAGCCAGGUAUAGUCUGUAGAUAACUGAUAUAUUCUUCAGAUUGGUAGGAUUGUCAGUGAGCCCUCCUGAAAAAUUAUGUUCUAAAGUAUAUGCCACAAUGAAAUAAGCAGCCUGUUGUAUAAUAUAAAAUAUGAUGGAACAUAUGUGAACUGGUAAAGCGCUUUUAUAAAUUAUACUUGAUUCUUUGAAAAUUGUUUAAGUUCUUUGAUUUGAAAUUGAAGUUCAUAAUUUUGGAAGGGGUUUUUGGAAGUUAAUAAUAAUUUGGCCAAUUUAUGAAUGGAUUUUGCAGUAACGGAAGGAUUGGAAUGACUUGUGGCUGGGUUAAUCCCCAGAACCAUCUCCUUUCUUUCCUUUUUAAGUGAAUAGUUGAUUUUAGGAGUUUACUUUGUUCUGGUUCCUAAAAUCAAAGACUGUGUAUAGUAUGACUUGCAUGUGAACUAGAAAAGUACUAAAAUAGGCCAAUAUCUACA